UCUGCUCUCCCCGAACCCGGGAAGGUGGGGCCCCAGGAAACACCCCCUGCACCCUCGGGGCGUCCCCGGCCCGGAGCGCGUCCCCUUCUGGCCGAGAGGGGGCGCCCCGGUCCCCGCCCGCGGCCCGGAGCCCGGCUCCCGCUCCCGCCCCCGGCCGCCGGCGCGGUUUGGUUCGGCUUUGGCGCGGGCGCCGAUCGGGUCGCUCAGCUCGGGGAGCGGAGGGCGAGCGGGCGGAGGAGGCGGCGCCGGGCCCAGCGGCCGGAGCGGAAACUUUGCUCCGGGCCGCGACUCGGAGCGGCCUCGGGCGGAGGUCGGAGCCCAGGUCCCGGAGGAGGGCGCCGGCUCCCCGCGCCCCGCCGGCGGCCCGCCUGCAUCCGACCGGCUAAGGUGAUUCUGUCCGACACACCGAGGAGAGCGUGGCUGAAGGAGAACGCGGCCGGCCACGGCGUGAUCGGGACGCCCCGCGCCAGUGCCUUUCGCCUUCCAGGCCGACACAGCCAGGGCGUAAAGUGUGCGUGAAGCGAACUAUUCGGCUGACCCCCAUCAUGAACCGUGCUUUUAGCAGAAAGAAAGACAAAACAUGGAUGCACACGCCUGAAGCUUUAUCAAAACACUACAUUCCCUACAAUGCAAAGUUUCUUGGCAGCACGGAGGUGGAGCAGCCCAAAGGCACCGAGGUCGUGCGGGACGCUGUGAGGAAGCUGAAGUUUGCAAGACAUAUCAAGAAAUCUGAAGGCCAGAAAAUUCCGAAAGUUGAGUUGCAAAUAUCAAUUUAUGGAGUAAAAAUUCUAGAACCCAAAACCAAGGAAGUCCAGCACAACUGCCAGCUGCACCGAAUAUCGUUCUGCGCCGAUGAUAAGACGGACAAGAGGAUCUUCACUUUCAUCUGCAAAGAUUCCGAGUCCAAUAAGCACCUGUGCUACGUCUUUGACAGCGAGAAGUGUAGCAGCCUGACACUGACCACUAAGGCAGACCUCCUUUGUUUUAUUCGUGUGAAGGCGGAAGAGAUCACUUUAACCAUCGGCCAAGCGUUCAACCUGGCAUACCGGAAAUUUCUAGAAUCUGGAGGCAAGGAUGUCGAAACUAGAAAACAGAUCGCAGGGCUCCAGAAAAGAAGCAGCAGCAGCAGCCGAGGCCGGAUUCAAGACUUGGAAACAGAAAACGUGGAGCUUAAAAACAAAGUACAGGAUCUGGAAAACCAGUUGCGAAUAACGCAGGUGUCAGCCUCCCCAGCCGGCAGCGUGUCGCCUCAGUCGCCCUCCACGGACAUCUUCGACAUGGUUCCCUUUUCCCCCACCUCCCACCCGCCGGCGGUGCCCACGCCCAACGGCACGCAGCCGCCCCCCGUGCCUGGCAGAGCUGCCGAGAUCAAACGAGACCUGUUUGGAGCAGAGCCCUUCGACCCGUUCAGCUGUGCGGCAGGCGACUUCCCUCCUGACAUUCAAUCAAAACUCGAUGAAAUGCAGGAGGGGUUCAAAAUGGGACUAACUCUGGAAGGCACGGUGUUUUGUCUGGACCCCGUGGACAGCAAGUGCUGAUGUCAGAGGAGAGCGCCUGGUUCGUGUUAAACUUGUUUGAUCUGCACGUACGUCUGUGAUUGCUUUACAACAGGUCUUACCCAUGUGCCAAUAUGUUUUUUAAUAUCUUCACUUUCUGAAAAUUAUUUCCGUAAAAUUUCCUCAUACCUUCACUAUUGACCUGUAACAUUUUAUUUUAAAAACAACUCACUGUAUUCUUUUAUGUUCCUGUCUGUUUCUGUUGUAAAAGAAUUUCUAAUCAGAGGACAAAUGAUCCAAAUAUCUCUCUUGUGUUUGAGUUCUACAGCAUUCGCAUCUUGAAAUCUGUGUUCAGACUCCAGGCUGCUAGUUUAGUGCUGAUUUCCCAAAAGCCAUACCUUAAUGAAACCUUUGAAAGUCCUAAAGAGAUAUACCAAUGCCAAACUGAAUACUAUAUUCAAACUAAUGAACAUGAUACCAGAUGUCAUUUUAUGUACGAAGCGCUGUUUCCUAUCAUUGAGAAAAUGUAAACUUUGAAUAUAAUGCCACUAAGUCAUUUUUGAUAGGUGAAAUGACAAACAUAUAAAUGCCUAUUAUAAUUAAACCAAAUGUAUGUAGAGUAUUGGUAGAUGCAAAGUAAUAAUGUUAGCCAUUAUCAUCAGUUAUACUCUAAAUAUUUUAUUUCAUAAACAGAUAUUGUGGGAAACUGUAAAAUUUCCUUUUUAGCAAACACAGUUUAAGUUCUAAUUAGAUAAGUUACGUUACUAAACAUAUAGAUAUCCUUCGAUCUCAUGUUUCCUGAAAAAGCAUUUGGAAUGUUUGCUGUCUAUAGCUGCACUGUCUGUUACUCGUAUUUAUUUUACCAAAUAUAUUUUUGUCUCAAAAUAUUGUGCUGUCUCAUUAGUUUUGAUACUAUACAGUCUAUAGAAACUCCUCUUCAUCAAUCACCAAUAUUAUUUAGCAAAUUUAAUGUUUUGUUGUUGACAUUGGAAUCUCAUUUUUUUUUUUUUCACAAAAAUCAAGUUGCUGCUCAGUUUAUCUUUAACUUGAAUAAUAAUUGUUACGCAGUACAACCAAAAUUUACCGUUAAAACUUACCAUUUGGUUCAUCACAAUGUGAGGACAAUGAACGAGGCUGCAUUGCUGGGAGGCCUCCAAAGCAGAUUCUCUGUCUCUUUUACUCUCAGAAAUUUUCUUCAAGUGAAGGUACAUUCUCACUAGGAAAAGAAAUCGAACAGCUUAUGCAAUAUUCUAUUUGUAUGUAUCUCCAUAAGGGUCUAUGAUAUAUGUAAGCCUUCUUGGUUGUUUUCUGGUAUCUGUUAGGUUGUACCUUAAUUAGAAGGUAGUAUAUGUUUCAUAAAGAAAAGUCUUUAUAAUUUUGUUUGUCAUAUAGUAUUUUGGAAUUUGUAUAAUGAGGACGUUUAGAAGCCAUAUCAAUGGCUUUUUUUAACAGAUAGAAUUUGUAUUUUUAUUGUACUUUAAAAAGCUUUAUGUAAUAGGUAUAUAUUUAGUGGCCAUUUAUUAUCAAUGGUAACAUAAUAAAAUACUUAAGAUGGUAUUUGCACAUUUAAGAUACAUUACUUUACCAAUUUUUAAUGGUAAUCAGGUAAUCAAUUCUGCUACUGGCAUGAUUAAACAAUCCAUAAUUGGUCAUUGAUUAUAAAAAUUUGUUUCACCAGUGCAUUUUUAUGAAGAUCCCGUUGAAAAUUGUAUUUCUAUGUAAACUCAAUGAUAUGUUUGAUUUUACUGAGAAUAAAUGAUUUUAAUUAAA